AAUGAUAAGCAACACAUAUAGCCAAACGUUUGUGAUGCUCAGUGUCAUGUUGUCCUCUGGACUGAGUUGAGGAAAGCAGAGCCGAUAGAGCUGAGGAAGAGAACCCAGCAACUUGCAGCGUGUCCUCCUGGGCAGACUGGGGCUCAGUCUGAUUUAUUCAGGGAAAUGACUUUUGGAGUGUCCAGUAACUUAGCAGCUGUGCUUAGAAAUGCCUGCGGUGGCUGACAGAAUUAGUAUUUGGCCUUUGGAUUGAUUGAUUUCUUUUUCCAGAUUGGGUCUCGUUCUGCAGGAUGGCCCACUCUGAGUGUAACUUAGGAACUGCAAGCGGUCUCCUUUAUGUGGCCGUUACAAAUUGCACUUGUAAUGCAGAUUUGGGUGAUUCCACACGCAAAAUACAAGUGGUGUCUUCUGUAUACUGUAGUUGUCCGGGUGUUGGGUGUAUGUGUAAAGUACAUGUACAUACAAGAACUACCCUAGUCCUAACUUUAUGUCAGAAUAUAUUUAAAAUAUAAAUUUAAGUAUAGUAUAUGAUAAUAUAUCUUCUUUCCCAGAAGGGAAGCUAAGAGGAAUGUACUUUGCUGAUCACAAAAGUUUUAAUUCUCAUUAGCUUAUGCAUUUGAUAAUGCAGAGAGUAUGUAACCACAUAGGACUGUCCUUCACUCCUGCUGUCCCCACAGGUAACUGGACUGAUCAGACUCCAGGUUCGCUCCCGUUCUUCCCUCAGUAUGGAAGCAGCUGCUUGCCUCGGUUUUAGCUGUAGGGUGUGAGUCAGGGCUCAGUCUGCAUCUGUAGUAGUGCCCCCCAUUGCAACUCUCCACCAAAAUAAACCUGGAAGAGAGCCAGCUAUAUAUGACAACAGCACGUGCUUCCUUUAAGUAUCUGAAUUUACUAUCUUCCUUGUGUGGCUGGUGUGGGGGCCUGGCACAAGCUGCUUGGCUGAAGAGUGUUUGCUUGCUCAGGUGAUGAUUUUAUUUGGAUCCCUAGGUAGCUUUUGUGUGAUGCGUAGCUCAGGCUAUGGGAUAGAUUUUUAUGCAGGCUAACUUGAAGGCUGCGGUUCCAAGCUUUUGUAUUACAGAAUCGAGUGAAAAAUUAUAUAUGCAAAUAACAUUAUUUUAUGUAUAGAUUCAACUGUUAGUUAAAUUUAAGCACUGACCUUCCUUCAUUUCCCACUGUUCGGUUGAAUAGCUCUAGCUGUAUCGAUGCCAUUUCCCUCCACUCAGACACUAGAAAUGAGUAGAUUUACCACCUUGUUGGUACAGCAAUAACUGUGCAGCCCAUAUUGUCUUUCAGUGUUAUGAGAGUAUUAGCUGGAUCUUGUAAAAGACUUCCAUAAUUCAGAGUUGUGUAAGGAAGCACAGAUAACUUCUUCCCUGUUCUUGUCUUCAGGAAAACUUUCACGUUAACCUGGGUAACACAGAAAUGGACGCUGUGGGUUUACAGUAGGUAGGAUCUGACUCAACAAUGCGUUCUUCAGUUCACUUCCUGCAUUUGGUGCUUCUAAUUUCAGAACAUGUCAAGUAAGCCAGUACACGCCAGGUGAGGCGUUCAGCCUCUUGGAGCAGCACGCUGUCCCUGUUGAGCACUGUUCACUGUACAACCCGUACCUCGAUUCACUCAUGCUGAAAUGUAUUGGUGAAGGUGUCAAUUGUGCUUCAGAACUCUGUAUCAACUUCCCAAUGGUUUUUAACCCUCUACUCGAGUUCACAUUAAACUUGCAAACCUGCUUUCCCCUUGCACUGUCUUAUUUUGUAGUCUCUUCUGUGUGCUCUGGUGGAAAUUCUGGGAGUUAAGGAGAUGUUUGCGUUGACCAUCUCUGCUCCUUAUGUAGAGUAUUAGUGAAUAAAGUCAAGCCUGCUUCUGUUGUUCUGAAAAAAGUAUUGCUUCUGUUUAGGUGCCUGGAGCUGUAUGGGGCUCUUAGCAUUGGCUGGAAUCACGUUUGCACAGCACAGAGCUGAGUGAUUUCCCUUCAUGUUGACAGUACAAAUCCCGUCUUGUAGAUACUGUUUCAUUCCUGUGCCUUAGAUUAGACGUGGUAUAAACUUCUUACUCUGCUGCAUGGACAUGGAAAGUCUCGGUAUGGGGAACGUGCUGUUUCUGUGUUGCAAUCUCUGGUGCUCAGCUUUGCUGCAGCAGAAGCAGCUGGUAGACUGCAGUAGGUUUCCUUUGUGCUUUCUCUAACAUCUCCGUUUGCAGAAGCAGAACUGGUGGUCAGACUGUUUCAGCACUGUUCCUCUUUGCAUCAGAGCAGCAGCAGCAGUGAUGGAUGGCUGGUUGGGGCAUACUGACCUAGUGUUCAAUUGCACCUGAACUGUCAUGGACCCCAGAAGCAGCGUGCUAGGAGUCUGUGCUGCUCUUCUCAAAUAGGCUUUGACUUACAGAAGGAAACACAGAAAGAGCACGAGUGGGGGAGAGUUGGAUGGCUGUUGCAGCAAUGGUGAGAAGCUCAGGGAUAAGUCUUGGCUGAGUCUGACCCAUCCUGGGCCAUGCUCUUGAGGAGAGUGUCCAAAAGCUGUGUCAUCCCAUUCAGUGCCACAUGGAGGAAUUCUGUUGGGAUUUCCCUUGCCUCCAUGGGUUUGGUUAUUCCUGGCUGGCAGCUCUCAGAAAUACCGACCUCUCACAGCAGCUUCUGAACUGCCCAGGAAAACAAUGAUCAGAGCUGGGAGCUCUUUUCCUGUGGGGUAUUUCCCAUCACAGAGAUGCGUUUGCAUGAGGACAGCUCAUGUGAUGGUGACUUUGCAGCUCAGAUCUGUUCCCUGGGAUCUGGACAAGGAAAGAACCGUAUGUGGAACACAAGUGUGUCUGUGCAGCCAAGGCUUGCAGUGCACCAGUCUGCAGGAUAAACAGUUGGCUUCAGCCCAUGGAGAUCUGGCAGCACAAAGUUCAUGCUGAAAUGUAAAAAUAACUGAUGACAAGGGCAGGCUGCCACUUUUCUCUAUUCAUUUUAUCUCUUAAUGAGACUCACCCAGUACUGCUACUGGGGACUGCCAGCAGGGAGGCCCUGCACAAAGCCCUCAAUUAUACUCCACCUGUGUGCCUCCAGCUGGCUCACAAGGUCUGAGCUGAGAAGCACCUGGCUGGAACUCCUUUGGCCACAAGGACCACACAUUCACGUUUUGCAGGUGUGUGCUUAGGUUUCCUGAGCACAUUCAGGAGCUCAAGAUCAUGCCCAGUCUGUGCAUCAGCAGGAGGCAGAGCUGCAGGAGUGAGGUCCUCAUCUGAAGUGGAGGAUGGAGGGUGGGAACGGCCCCAGCGACGCUAUCUCUGCAGGCAGGAGGCUUGCAGCACGAUUCACAAACCCUCCCAGGACAUUCUGGGUCAUCUUGUCCAUUGCAUUGCUUUUUGCAGCCGUUGGCAUCAGCACUGGGGUGAUUCUUGGCUUCUCCCACAGCUCUGCCCAGGCUGGACCGCAGCUCGGCCGGAUCACACUGCAUGGAGAGCAGGACGUGCCGAGGAACCAAACAGCCACAGUUGAUGUGUCCAGGAGCACUGUCACCUACUACAUCACCUCACGGAGUAACCGCAGUGCCAUUGUGCUGUACGACAGCCAGCAUGGCUAUGUGUGCUACAGACCUGUGGAGCAGCGUGCCUGCUAUCUGCGCACCAUGGACCCUGAGGACCGUGAAACCACACAGAUGAUGCUGAGUGCAGCCGAGCAGAGGGGUGACACACUGCUACUCCAGAAUAACCAGACCAAGUACUAUAGGGAGUUCCUGGGCAUUGUGGCAGGGGAACAAGCGGACCCCAAGGGCCUGGGUGAGGCCAUUCAAGCCCUCUGUGAGCAGACGUCUAUCUUCUGGGUCCAGAGAGCAGACGGUCCAGGGAAGCAGCGGUUGAUCUACCUUUGCAUUGACAUAUGUUUUCCAAGCAAUAUUUGUGUGUCUAUCUGCUUCUAUUACCUUCCUGAGUAAGUCCCGCAGCCACAGAUGCCCUCUCACUUCUCUACAUACUUGAACUGUACUCCUGAAAAGCCUCUGAUUUCAGCAAGGAAGGUAACAUCUACAACAUUGCCUAAAAGCUUCCUGCUGAUCUCAUGCUGCAGUUCAGGAGAAUUUAGGUAACAGAACUCUGCUCAGCGCUGUUGGUACAGACACUUUAUUUGCAGCUGCGCUCCAGGGCUACAUCUUGUACGUAGGCAAUAGAUCUAGACAGAGGAACCACAUGGAGUAGCUUGUGUUUUGUGGCCACAUGCCCUGUUCGACACUGGGUUGUUAUACUUGCUGGAGGUGGUGUUUUUUUUAAGAGAGCACAUCUCCAAGAAAGUCUGUGAAAUACAUAUUUGAAUAAAGGGACUGCAAAACAAGAAA